UUGCGUCAUGGCGGAUAACCGAAUCGAAAGGCGCAUGCGCUUAGCCACAGUACCAACCGGACGUAGAGACCAGACCUAACAACAGCGGCCUUUUGUUACUCACCCCUAGGCUCCAGGUUUCCAGUCACGGAUGCUUUGGUGGGCCUCACGGAACUCCGCAAAGUACUGUCAUUAUAAGGGAAAGCACAAUGGAAGUUCUGCGGCCAACGUUGAUAAGAAUUGGAGGACGUGUUUACAGGAAAAAUCAUAAUCGAGAACAGCCCCACCAGCAUGACGAGGAGGAGGAUUUCUGGGAAGGUCCUGGAGAUGGCGCCGAUGAGCCUUGUGAUGCCUUUGUGGUGAAAGAGACAGAAAGAGGCUAUCAAUGUGCUGUGGACAUUCCCAGCCCAUUAUACAAAUAUAUAAUAGGCAAAAAAGGAGAAACAAAGAAGAAACUAGAAACAGAAACUCGAACCUCUAUUAGUAUUCCUAAGCCUGGAGUAGAAGGAGAAAUUGUGAUCACAGGACAACACCGGAAUGGGGUUGUUUCAGCUCGAACACGAAUUGAUGUUCUUGUUGAGAGCUUCCGCAAGAAACAACCCUUCACACACUUUCUGUCAUUUGCACUCAACCAACUUGCAAUCCAGGAAAAGUUUCUACAGUUCAAGGAGGAAGUGUUGGAGAGAUGCUCAAAUGACUAUGGUGUCAGCAGUAGCCUGUUCCAGAACCCUGCCAAGCUCCAUCUGACAAUUGGGACACUGGUACUCCUGAAUGAACAGGAAAUACAGAAGGCUCAGGAUCUUCUGCAGAGGUGUAAAGAAGACUUUGUUAACUCAAUUGCAGGAGGCAAACCGCUUACUGUGGAAGUAGCAGGUAUAGAGUACAUGAAUGAUGAUCCAGCCAUGAUAGAUGUUCUAUAUGCAAAAGUUCACAUGAAGGAUGGAUCCAACAAGCUCCAGCUCAUAGCAGAUAGACUAACAGAUCGGUUUGUGACCUCUGGGCUAAUGAUGAACGAGUGGGAUAGGGUGAAACUCCAUGCCACUGUCAUGAACACAGUCUUCCGGAAAGAUCUUAGUGAUGAAAAGCAACAUAGCAGAACUGCAGGCAAAUAUUUUAAGGAAAGGGAGUCAUUUGAUGGCCGAAAGAUAUUGAAGCUCUUUGAGAACUUCUACUUUGGAGAAGCGCAGCUGAAUUCAGUCUACCUCUCUCAGCGAUUUUCCACAGACAGCUCCGGUUACUAUACAACAUCCGGACAGCUCACUUUCUCCUGAACUACAGACCCCUGCCCUGGCACUAUGACAUUCUGCAUAAUACAGAAGAUGGUAAUAAUUAUUUAAAUUAAUCCAGUUAAAUGGAUAGGGCCAUUCUGCCCUCCUGAAUCAACCUUCUAAAUUUCUAAAUUCACCGUGCUCUGAGCCCAGUGAAAAUGGCUACAUGUUCAAAUAAGAUAUUUUGAUUGUUUGGUGUUUUUAUUGAAGAACAGGUGCUGGAUGCAGACAAAAUAAUACUUUUUGCAUUUAAUGGGUUUGCAGUUGGUUAUAAAUAAACUCACAAAAGUUA